CUGGUGGUGAUAAAACAGGACACCAAUGCCAUCAAGACUUCAACCCCGAUGACUUCCCCGCAGGCCUGUUAUACCUGCCGAUAUCGGCGCAUUCAAUGCGAGCAGGCGGCCAGACCCUGCGGAAAAUGCAAGAAGGCGGGGGUGGAAUGCCUGGACAAGAGACCCGUCCGAUGGGUCAAGGGCAUCUCCAUCCGAGGCAAGCGGAAAGGCUUGUCUCUCAGCAACUCUGAUGCAGGCCCUUCGACCGGAUCGGCCAUCAUCCCCUUUGUCGUACGCCCCAGACCCCCUGCUUCAGCCAUAGAUCAUGUAAGCAAGAUAGCGCCUCUCACGAUGUCGUCCGAGCUCGGAGAUCCUUCAGUCGCCUGCUUAGACUCAACUUCGAAAUAUUACUUAAGCUACUACGAGGACUGCAUAUGCAGCCUCUUCAUCGUCUACGAUAGCAGUAGUAACCCAUUUCGAAAACUCAUGUCGCUAGCCUUGAGUGACACCACUCUGAUGAAGGCCGCUCUCGCUCUGGCAGCGCGCCACAGAGCGAAUCUGGGCUAUUCGUUCCAACGGUACGACGAAGAAAGGCCUCCCACUGACCUCAAUGUGCAUCAGGAUGCCCUGGGAUACAAACAUCGCGCAAUCAAAGCAAUCUCGAAUGCACUAAGUGAUCCCGUCUUAUGCGCCCAAGACAGCACCGUGGCCAGCGUGUUCUUGUUGAUCUUUCUCGACCUACUGGAGUCUGGAAGCGAUCGGUGGAAUCUUCAUCUGGAGGGUGCGAAGAAGCUGAUCAGUUUCAGUCAGCAUCAAGCUCACGAGCCUGGGGAGACGGUGAAGCUCAUCCGAGAUUUUAUCAAUAGUCAGAUAUACCUCAUUGAGACGCUUGGCGCGACCUUCGUGCGUCCCAACCUGUUAACGGACUCGAACCCGUUAGAUCAAGCGCACGUGGUGUCCAAGGAAACGGAGGCCGUAGAACAAUCGUUCCUUGGCUGCCCAGACUACCUGUUGAUUGCCAUUCGAUGCAUUUCGCUCUCUCGCGACUCAGUCCACGACCCCUUCGACCAGGAGACAUUGGAGUACCAUAAGUACAACGUGGCAUCGGUCGUCCAAAUGGUGACAGAGUUUGAUUGCCGGGCCUGGGCUGCUAAUCUGCCGCAGUCUGAUCGCACCAAAGAGAAUGCGAUCAAUGAUCUUUGCAUGUUAGCUGCAUCCUACAAGUUGGGGGCUCAGAUCUACGGGCAGCGCGUUCUCGACACGUUAUGCCACACGACCACUUCGAUAACCGAUCUUCUGACCCAGUUGAUCCAGUCCAUCGAAGCGCUCUGCGCCAGCGACAACCUCCUCAAAUGCGCUCUCUGGCCGAUCUGUAUUGCAGGCUUGGAGUGUGACCAGGCCAGGGAAAGAGAUUUUUUGAUUCAGUCGCUCGAGCGAUUCUGGGACAAAACGAAAUGCGUCAACGUGAUCAACGCAGCCAAGAUCUUGCAAGGACAUUGGCAGCGCAGUGGCCGUCAAGCACAGAACUCCUCGCCGUGGGUCAUUGACAUUGGGCUGUCCGGGCGUGAUUGGCUUCUGAUUUAACCUGUGGCUCGUGCAGGUUAAGUUGUGGCUGGGAAGCUCAGGCUGGAAUGGGGCUAACCUGUUUCGGGAGGCGUGGAUGUGGCGGGGCCCGGGCGAAAGAAGCCUUUCCGCAUACGGAAAGUGAGGGGAGUGGGGCCUUUUGUCAUCCGCCACACCAUCACCAUCAGAUCCAUAUAAGAUGCUUCAUGUCGAGAUCUUCACACGAGGGGAACUUCAACCUGACCGACCACUCCCAGAUCGCUCACUUAUAUUGUCCAACAUGGCUCCGUGUCACGCUCAUCCUGCGACACUGGCACUUCAUGCCGACGACCCUCUGCAUCUGGUGACCGACGUCGCUCCCCCGAUUCAUCUUUCGACCACCUUCCGCUUCCCAGACAACCCCGAUGACCUGAUUCCGUCUGUAGACCCUGUU